AUGGCGGGAGUGGGUGCUGCGCCCUCCGGCCGCGCCGGCCCCGGGGGGCUGCACCCGCUCCGCGCCACCGUCCCCUUCCAACUGCAACAGCGCCGCGGAGACGGGGCCCGCGCAGCCAGUGUUCCCUGUGCCGUGGCCCCGGAGCAGCCGGGCCGUUCCCGCCGGACCUGCUCCCUGGACCCCAUCCUGGGCUCGUACCUGCUGGGACAGUGGCCCCGGGACAGGGACACCCCCCCCUGCACCAGGGACAAAGCCACCCAGCCCUGUGAUUGUCCUCAGCCCUGUGAUUGUCCUGAGCCCUGUGAGUGUCCUGAGCCCUGUUUCUCGCCCCAGACCCCGCAGUCGUGGCCCGAGGCGGCGGCAGGGCCGGGCAGCGCCGGGGGCGGCUCCGAGCACCGGCGGGAGAUUGCCAAGCUGAAGCAGCAGCUCCAGCGCACGAAGCUCAGCGGCAGGAAUGGGAAGGAGAGGGAGAAGAGCUGCCCAUUCCCAGGGGAUCACACGCUCCGUGGAUCACUCCAGGACUCUCCCUCCGGCUUCCCUUCUCCAUGUCCCGUCCUGAGGCUCAGCCCCUGCCUGCACAGGAGCCUGGAAGGGCUGAACCAGGAGCUGGAGGAGGUGUUUGUGAGGGAACAGGGAGAUGAGGAGCUGCUGAGGAUCCUGGAUGUCCCAGACGGGCACAGGGCGCCGGCGCCCGCCCAGCCAGACCCCCUGGACACCCCCCUGGACACCCCCCUGGCCCUGGAGCCGGGAAGUGGCAGCUGGAACAGCCUCUCCCUGUCCCCCUCCCCAUCCCUGCAGAGCCCGGGAAGGCCCUCGGAGGCACAGCCGGAGCCAAAGGAGAAAGAGGGGAGCAGCCCUUCUCCAGUGCUGGCCUUUGCCUCCUCCCCUCGUCCCAACCACAGCUACGUGUUCAAGCGGGAGCCUCCCGAGGGCUGCGAGAGAGUCCGAGCCUUCGAGGAGACCCUCUGCUCCAGCCCAUCCCAGCCUUUCCAGCCUUCCUGCCCGGACAAGAACAAGGUUCACUUCACCCCCUCGGGCUCCGCCUUCUGCCCCGUUCGCCUGGUGCAGCCGCUCUUCCCGAACGUGGGAUUCCUCUUCCGGGGCUUCCCGGCUCCCCCCGGCCCCGGCCCCUUCCCCUCCUGCCAGCCCCCCCCAGCCCCCGCGGCUCCCGCCCGGAAUUGCGAGCCCUGGAAGCGCGGCCAGGCCGAGGAGAGCGUCGUGUUCCAGAGCUCCCUCGUGGUGUGAAUCCCUUGGGAAGGGCGGCACCGGCGCCUCCGGCUCCUCAGUGCCUUGGAGGUGGGAUGUGGCAGCCCCUGGGAUCGGGAAUUGGGGCGGAAUUCCCCCCAGGAUGGCAGAGACUGGGAAGGACAACGUGCCGUGGAUCCCUCGCUGCUGGGGGGGCUCGUUCCUGGAGCCUCCCCAGUCCAAAGCACUUUCCCGGGUCGGAUUGUCCUUGUUCCCUGUGGGAAGAGCAGAGGCAAAUCCCUGCUCCUCUGGGAACGAGGGGGAGCUGGGAAGACUCAGGUGGGGCUUCCCAGCACCUCCUGUUCCUGCUGGGACUGGGGAGAAGGGGCUGGAGCCGCCCUUGGAUGUGCCAGGCUGGAAUUGUGUCAGGUCCUGUCCCUCAGGGAGGGCGGGAGAGCAGCAGAUUCCUGGCUCUGCCUCCCCUUCCCUCCUCCAAACCUGGAGCCUCCAUGGAUCUCCUGGACUUUGUGUGGCUGAGGGUGACCUUGAGCUGCUCUCCCUGCCCUUCCAGGAGCCUGAUCCUGCAGGGAAAGGGCAUGGAAGUGGGAUCUGGCAGCACACACAGAUCCUGCUGCUUCCCAAAGAAACUUCUGAGCCGAGAGCCCAGAUGGGGCUGGGGGUGGAGGGAGGUCCAGGACCCUCAGCCUCAUCCAGGGGGAUCCAGGACUCUUGGCCUUAUCCAGAGGGAUCUGGGACCCUCAGCCUCGUCCAGGAGAGAUCUGGGAUCUGCAGCCCCAUCCAGGGGAGGUCUGGGACCCUCAGCCUUAUCCAGGGGUGUUCCAAGACCUUUGGCCUCACCCAGGGGGAUCCAGGACCCUCGGCCUCCCCAGGGCCGGACCCUGUGCAGGAUCAGGAGCCACAUCCAGCAGCUCCACCCUGUGAUGCCUUUGGAGUCCCCUCACACAGAGCAGGGACUGUGGAGCCUCUUCCCAGCAGGAGUUGGGAGCUGUGUCCUGUUCCAGGGGCUCUGGGAUGUUUUGGAGCCGCUGCUUCUCUCGUUCCUGGUGUAGAAACGCUUUAUUUUCUUCCAAAGACACUUAUUUUUGCAGCCAUUUGAGGUUUGUGUUUUAUGUCCUGUGAAGAGGAACCUUCCCCCUGCAGCUCCUGCCUGGUGGUCACAGGGGGGGCUUGGGGGGUUAUUUUUUGCAAAUGCUGGGAAUGCCGGUGCCAAGGAAACAAAAUAAACACUUCAAGCAUCCAAA